AUGCCAGUCACCAAACCACUCUCGUCCCUCCACCCAGUCGGAUCUGGGGCCGAGGGAGACAAGCAGCAAAAACAAGGUGCGUCGUGCAUGCCACCCACAAACCACCAACACAUGCAAGUGGCCGUAGAUGCGAGCUUCUCUUUGAUACCCUCAGUGUUGAUUAUUACCCUGGAUCUAACCGCAUUGGGUGCUGCAGGCACCGAGGCCCUCGAGUCGGUCCCCCGAACUGUGGCCGGCGUGAUCAACGACAAGGGGGAAAUCAUCGACAAGUCGGGCAAGGUCAUAGGAACCGUCCUGGACGUCAAGGACCACGAGAAGCUGGUCGGGGAUGCAGUGACGGACAAGGGAGACGUCGUCUCAGACCUGGGCGAGAGCCUGGCCAACGUGCACAUUGACGACAACUACACGCCGACCCAGGUCCCGGCACAGGUUCCCGAGAAGAAGGACGCCGCCGCCGGCUGGAAUGUUCUGGGCAAAGCCAGGACGGCCAUGCAGUACGGCGACAGCAUUCGAAACGCCGUGUCGUAUGGCCAAAACUUGCAGGGCGCCUAUAGCAAGUUCUCCCAGGGCCAAAAGCCCGAGGCAGACAAGACGGGCGAGGGCGUCUCAGCGGCCAGAGAGCCUGCUGGCGGCGAAGACCAGAUGCCCACCCCCGUGAAAAUGGAGGACAAGGACAAGCCUGCCCAGGAGGAUGUCAGUGCCGAGACGCAAGGGUUCAAACCCCAAGACCUGAAGGGGGGAGAGGCAGUGGCGUCUGCUGCCGAGGACAAGCGUGCUGCCAAGCCGGCUCCGGGUGAGCCUGGAGAGGACGCCGGAGAACAGAUCGGCUCCUUGGCCGCCCAGAGCCCGAGACCUAUUUCUGAGGAAGACGCCCGGGAUGUUCCCGGGUCUUUAAAGGAAACAGUUGAAACUGCUUCGGAGGGACAGAAGCCCCUCGAGGAAGUCAAAGAUGUGGCGGGCGAUGACAAGCUUGAUCAAGAUAAGCCAGCUGAGCUUGAGCGUGAAGAGGGUCAGCUUGGCGGGGACAACUUGGGCCAAGACAAGUUGGAAGAAGCUAAGCCUGGCGAAGACACCCUCAGUGAGGCCAAGGAUGAGGUCGCCAGCAGGGGUGAAAGUCAACUGGGCAAAGAUACACUGGGCGAAGACAAGGUAAAAGAAACUAUGCCUGGCCAAGACACCCUCGGUGAGGCAAAGGAUGAGGUUGCUAGCAGGGGUGAAGGUCGACCCGAUGAAGACACACUGGGCGAAACUAAGUCUGGUGAAGACACCCUCAGUGAGGCAAAGGAUGAGGUCGCCAGCAAGGAUCAAGGUCAACUCGGCAAAGAUACACUGGGCGAAGCUAAGCCUGGCGAGGGAACCAUUGCUGAGGAUAAAGUUCAACCCGGCGAGGACAAAUUGGGUGAAUAUGCUGUUGGUGAGGCCCGGAAUGAAGCCACAAUCAAGACUGAAGAGGGCCGGCUGGGCGAGGACAAGUUUGCCGAAACGGAGCCUGAUAAAAUGACCCUCGAUGAAGACAAAGUCCAACCAAGCGAGUCCAAGCUGGGUGAAGACACAGUCGGUGAGGCCCAGGGUGAAGUCGCAAGCAAGACUGAAGAGGGUCAACUGGGCGAGGACAAAUUGGACGAAGCCGAGCUUAAGAAAAGGGGCCUCGAUGAAGCCACAGGUCAGCCAAGUGAGGGUGCAUUAGGCGAAGAAACAUUCGGUGAAGAAGCCGCUGGCAAGCCUGAAGAGGGUCAACUGGGUGAGGAUCAGUUAGCCGAAACCGAGCCUGAUAAAAUGACCCUCGACGAGGCCAAGGAUGAGGCCACGGACAAGGUCGAAGAAGGCGCAGAGGAAGCCGGAGAGACUGCUGAAAAACCAUUGGACUUCACGGUACUUAAAGGUACCAAGGUCAACAAAGCCGGCAACCUGGUCAAUGACAAUGGGGACAUUAUCGGAAGGCUCGUUGACGGCGACCCCAAACAGUUGAUGGGCAGGACGGCCGAUGAAGAAGGACAAAUCUGGAACGAGUCCGGCAAGGUCAUCGGCAAGGCGGAGCCAAUCUCCGACGCCGACCGCGAUGAGGCAGCCAAAGAAUUCGCGCCGUUCGAGAAUUUCCCAGAUGCCGUCGUUGAAGGCGACGGACGUGUCGUGUCCGAGGGCCGUCAGGUUGGCGAAGUGAUUGAAGGCGACGCCAAGCGCAUGAAGGGCAGCCGCGUCGACGAGGACGGCGACAUUCUCGACCGUCGCGGCAAUGUCAUCGGCAAGGCCAAACCCUGGGACGAGCCAGAGGAAAUCCCCCCCGAAGUCAUUGACAUGUCGUCCCUGGCCGGAAAGAGAGUUAACAAAGCCGGCAACGUCGUAGACGCUCACGGUCAAAUCUUUGGCCGCGUCGUCGAGGGCAACGUCAAGGCUCUCAUCGGCCGCAUGUGCGACAAAGAGGGCAACAUCAUGAGCGAGUCGGGCGAGAAGAUAGGACGCGCCGAACUGGUCCCCGAGUCGGAGCGCGAGGGAUCUCGCGAGGGACCCUUUGCAGAACUGUCAGGCUGCACCGUCACCAGGGACGGAAAGGUGGUCACGCCGUCGGGUGACGUGGUGGGCAGGCUCACCAGCGGCGACGGCAAGGUCCUGUACGGCCGGGCCGUGGACGAGGACGGCGAUGUCGUCGACAAGAACGGCAACGUCCUGGGCACGGCGGAGCGGUGGGAGGAGCCCGUGGUCGAGAAGAAGAAGGAUCCCCUUGCCGGGCGCAGAGUCAACCGCGAGGGCAACGUCGUCGACGAGGACGGCAACAUCAUUGGCAAGCUGGUCAGCGGCGACCUGAACAUUUGCUCCGGAAAGGAGAUUGACGACGACGGGGACGUGAUCAAUUCCAAGGGUAUGGCCAUUGGCCACGUUAGUCUUCUCGAGGACAUUCCGCCCGAACCAGAGGAAUCUGCUGAAGACAAGGAGAAGCGAGAGCAGGCCGAAAAGGACAGGAAGCUUGCCGGCCAGCUCGCCGCCUCCAUCGAGCAGUCUCUCGACAAGAUCAAGCCCAUCCUCAGGAUGAUCACCGACAAGGUCGACAGGGCGGAGCGCACGCCAAAGGAGGAGCUGGACGAGGAACAGCUCGUCAGAGAGGUGAAGCCUCUCAUUGAAGAAGGGAGCAAAAUCCUCACCGAGACCAACGGCGUCGUCCGGGGCAUGGACCCCGACGGCCGCAUCCAGAGGCAGGCGAAACACAAGGCUUCGACAAAGGAUGCGACCCCCGAGGAGCAUCAUCUUGCAGAAGUCAUCAAAGAACUCACGGGCGACGUCACCCAGACCAUUGACAAUGCAAAGCGCAAGAUUGAAGGAAUGCCUCACGCCAAGAAGGAGUUGAAUCCUCUUUGGGGCCUCCUCUCCGAGCCGCUGUUCCAGAUUAUCGCGGCAGUCGGUCUUCUCCUCAACGGCGUUCUUAGCCUUGUUGGCCGUCUGUUGAGCGGUUUGGGUCUCGGUGGCUUGGUUGACAAUUUGCUUGGCACACUUGGUCUUAACAGGGUGCUUGAUGGUCUUGGGUUGGGUAGUGUUACGAGUGCCCUGACCGGGAAGAAGGACAAGGAUAAGAAGAAAACUCUCUUUUAG